UCAAUUCUCAUGUAAAUAAAUUUUCAGAGAUUGCUCUAAAAUCAUCGAUAAGUGACACCGAUCUUUUUCAAGGAAUUAAUUUAUAAUAUCGUAUGAAUAAUCGAUACAUUAAAAAAUCGAGCUCAAGAAAUUGUAACACAGUUUUUAAUACUUUGUCCAAUCCGAAAAGAAGGGUCUUUAAAUAAGAGAUGACAUUUUAUUUUUCAAGAUAUUAGUGACCUAACCUUGAAAUGACUAUCCGUGCAAGUAUUACAUAUAUAUAAAGUUUAUUAAUACUUACUAUAUAUAUCAUUUGGAAUGUUAGAUAUAACUAUUGCGCAGAUAUUAAAUGAAAUUGAUCAGAUACAAUAUAUUUUAUAUACCGAAUGGACAAGUACAUAUUUCAAGAUUAUGUUAUUUAAGUCAUCUGCUGUUCCAUUAAUGGGAGAGAUGCUUACAAAUGAUAUAAAUUAUUAUUCACAAGAACAUUCUAAGUCAUUUAAUGAAUAUUUAAAAGAAACCAAAGAUGCUUUUUCUGGUAAAAAUACAGAUAUACAAUACUUUCUUCAAGAUAAUAAAUUUGAAUGGAGAAGAAAUAAACGAUGGAUUUUAGGAAAAAUUACAGUAUGUCCCAUUUCUAAUAUUAUUGCUAUAUCUGAAACUUUAUAUGGCUUAUUGAAACAACAACAACAUUUACAAGAAAUAAUUUCAAAAUUAAAAACAGAAAAUGAGUUACUGAUAAAUACCAAAAAAGAAUUAAGUGUUGAUAUAGAGGAAAUGAUCAAAAUGAAAACUAAUAUGGAAAAGGAACUGUAUAAAAAAUUUAUCUUAAUAUUAAAUGCAAAAAAGAAAAAGAUUAGGGAAUUAGAAAAUAGUUUUAAAAGUACAGAACGUGCGCAAAAGUCAAUAUAUGAUGUAAGCACAGAUCAGAGUAGCGAAGACUCUGACAUGGAUGAUAAAAGUACAAAAAAUAUUGAAUUACAUUUAGAAGAACCAGAAUCUGAUAAAUGCAUGGAUCAAAGUGAAGAUUCUGAUAAAGAAAGUAAAGAAUCUUUUUAUGUUUCUCACAAAAGGAAUAAAUUUACUAAUAGGAAUACUGUAAAUGAAAUGGAAGCAACGACUAGUACAACAAUUAAACAAAAUUAUUUUGAUAACAUUCCAAAUAAGAAAAUGAAAUGUAUAUCUACAACAUCAUCAGUAUCAAGUAACGAAAGUGAAUGUGAAUUUGAACUACGAAUGCCAGAGACAUGUACCAUCAAAUCAAAUGUAAGCCAUCUAGAUUUUGCAGAAGAAUCAGAAGAAGAAUUAUUUUCUUAAUAAAAGUUUUUAGUAUUAUAUAUAUUAUAUAGUAUAUAUAAUAUUUGUAAUUUAUGUACAAACAAUGUGCAAUUUAUUUAAUAUCUUUUAUUUAUGAAGUGAAAUUAAUGAAGUCAAUAACAAAAUGGAAACGUAAUUUUUUAAUAUUUUACUUGAUAAAAAUGUAAAUUAUACAUUUUUUUAAUCAUUAAUCAUGCAAAAUAUAUAACUGAGAGAUUUAUAUAACUUUCUGUAUAUAAUAUAUAUAUGCAUAUGUUUAUAUGCAACUAAUGCAUUAAAGAGAAAUGGAGAAAGAAAUAAAUAAAAAUUGUAUCACAUGCUGUGAAUUACUAUACAUUCUAUAUUUUGUAAAAUAACUUUAAAAAAGAUAAUUUUACAUCAUAUGAUUAAUAUUAAAUAUAUAUGUAUUUUGUUUUAAUUUAUAUUUGGUUUUAUAAAACAGCUAGGAUAAUGUUGCACAUUUUUGUAAUAUGUAUGGCCUCUUGGUUGUCUUACAUGUUCUUCUCUGAUAUAUACAUCUUUACGUUUGCUGAGACCAUACAGAUAAGUAGGAAAAUCUGGCCAUUUAGUUGAUAACAUUUUCCAAUGGUCUAUAGGACAACAAUUUUCAAAAUGAAGUAUUCCCAUUUUUUUUAAAAGUUCAGUACAUUUAGUUUUUUCACGGAUUGGCCCACCAGGUAUUUUAUAUAAUAAAUAAUGUGUCCAUGGAUAACGUGGGGGAAGACUAA